GGUUUUGUGGCAGUGCAGUCUCUUUCUUCAUUUCUCAGCUUUAAAAGGAGGCAAAAGAGAAAAAGAGAGACUCAUUCUUAUGUAUUCAGUUAAACCUACCGCCAGGGAUGGAGGAUACAAACGCAGACUUGUCCCCCCGGCCAGCUGAGCCCCAUCCCGCGGCUGACCUCUCUCGGAGAUUCUCAAUAGAAGAGGUCGGUUUCUUUGAAGGGACUGAGAAACUCUUGGAGGUUUGGUUUGACAUUCCUUCCCCUGAAAGCGAAAGCAGAGGACUGAGGGACAUACCUAUGUCAUUCUGGCAGGUCCUCCUUGAUUUGGCAAAGUGUCACGUCCUUAGUAAAUGCAAUAAUGAAAAACUCGAUGCUUACGUCUUGAGCGAGAGUAGCAUGUUCAUAUCAAGGAAUCGGUUUAUUUUAAAGACUUGCGGCACGACAAGUCUUCUCAGUACGGUCAAACCUUUAUUAAAGACAGUGAAAAAGUUUUAUCCACGGUCAGAAGUGAAAGAUUUCUUUUACUCUCAUUCUCCUUUCAUGAAGCCUGAUCUCCAGCUUCAUCCUCAUCACAGCUUCAAUGAUGAAAGCACAUAUCUUGAUACAAUCUUCCCAGAUGGUGCUGCAUAUGUGCUUGGCAGAAUAAAUGGAAAAUGCUGGUAUCUUUAUUUGGUUGAGUCAAUCGAGAACCCUCUACAAGAUCCUGAUCAAACACUAGAAAUAUUAAUGACAGAAUUUGAUUCGGAACUUAUCGGUAGGUUCUCAAAGUUAAGCUAUGAGUCUGCCGAAGAUCUUAACAAAUCUACGGGUUUGAAUGACUUGAUACCAGGAGCAACCAUUGAUUCUUAUAUAUUUGAACCGUGUGGGUUCUCGCUCAACGCCAUUGUAAAGGAAGACAUGUAUUUUACUAUUCAUGUAACGCCACAGGAAGAAUGUGCUUAUGUGUCUUUUGAGACAAACGUGGUUGGUGAAUGCUAUAAGUCUCUCAUUAACAAAGUGUUGGAUAUCUUUAAACCAGGCAGCUUCACUCUUACCCUAUUUGCAAAUAAAGCUGCAAAAUGUAACUUUUCUCAUUCAGCUGACCAUGAUGGGGCACUCAGCAACUACACUUGCUUGGACAAACAGAUCUCUCUCUUCUCUAUUUAUAAUUUAACUUUCCUUCACUACAAGCACAACUCACUCUAUAAUCACAAUAAUAAAUAAAUAAAAUUAGUUUUAAAUAAAUUAUAAAAAUACGUAUAAUAUAAUAAACUUGUUACCUGGUAUGUGACUUGCAGCUCAA